AUGCCCUCCCUCGAGCGCGCCGCGGCCGACGACGACUCCGCCGCUGCCGUCGCUCCUGCCCGCGCCGCUGCUACCGCUCCUACCGCCGCCGCCGCCGCCUCUACUACGCUAUUCGCUCUUACGUCGCCCCUUAGGGUAACGACGCUAUCCCCGCCGCUACCUAUAACGCCCGGCCCCUUAGCCCUCGCCUCCGUCUCCGCUACCCCCGGGGCUACUAAGAAGCGCCUUACCGCCGCCGCCGCCGCCUACCGUAACCUCCGCGCCCUCGAGCGAUAG